CCUGAACAUCCACUCUUUAAGUUACAGUAAGAAUCAGUAAGAUAAACCUUGCGUGUGACAAAACUACAACACACAUAAGAAAAGUUGAUUUGAUUGUUUGAAUAUUCAUCCUCUCUUAUUGGCCUCUCAUUUUGGAAAGAUGCUUUCUAAGACUAUGUCUUUUUAUAGACAGCUGGAGUGCAGCUUCUCUGUCCCUUUUAUCCUUUUUACCUCUUUUAAUCAGUGGUGAGAUUGGCAGGAUACUUGGCUGUGAUUGCUGCUCUUCUUGGACAUUUUGAGGCUUUUCUGUCUUGUAGCACCUCUUUCACAUAUUUCUCUUGUGGUUGGGGUCUGUAUUUUUUCUGAAUCAUUUACUAAACUUACCUCUGAACUUCUUUUUAGCAUAAAAGAAAUCAUCUUCAUGUUUCUCAGAUUGUAUUUACAUGAACAGUUGAAGCAUUGAUGAGAAAAUUCAAUUAUCACCGGGAAAACUUACGUCAAAUUUUAAUCUCUAAACUUGAUCAUUUAUCAUUACCAUUUUUCAUCAUUAAUGAUAGGCUGAUCCUUCAGUACCACAGUAUUUAGUACAGCUGAAAUAAAAUUGCCCCUGCCUUCAUCAUCAUGCAUUCAUCUACAUUGUUCACUGAAUGUCAUUCAAUAAAUGUUAUCUUUUCAUCUUGUUUAUCUUUGUCCUCCACUUUGUUUUCACCAUUCUCUCCCACAUGUUUCUCAUCCUCCUCUUCUCCAUUUUGACAUCCUGCUUUUCCUCUCUCUCUUCUGCAUCUCCCAACAAUCCUCCUCCUACUUUAUCGUCCCUUCUUUGGCAUGUUUUUUCAACAUUUAUAAUUAAUCAUGUUGGAAUUCUCAUUUUCCAACCAUUAUCAAAAAUCCUUACCCUGAAAAACAUCCCACAAAUUCAAAAUACCCAAAUUUAUAUCCCACCCCUCACCCUUGCCGUUUUAAUUAUCACCCUGAACCAUUCCUUUAUCCAAAACCCCCCACCCACCCGCUGUCACAGACCUGCGAAUGAAGGCCAGGCGAAGUAGCGCUCCCCCAUCCAGUUCUUUCCUCUGCCGCAUAUCAAGUGAUUCAUAUGAAUACCAAGGUUCCAACAUGCACCACAGCAGCAGCAGCUCAUCCAUGAUGGCUGAAGAAACGACCCGCGGUGUGGCUGUGGAAAAAUUGGAAACAGUGAAGAAGUGGGGUCUUAACACUUACAAGUGCACAAAACAAAUGAUCUCAGAGCGUUUUGGUCGGGGUUCUCGGACUGUGGACUUGGAACUGGAGGCCCAGAUUGAAGUGUUGAGAGACACUAAAAGGAAAUAUGAGAAUGUGCUGCGAUUGGCCAGAGCGCUGACCAAUCACUUCUACAACAUGGUGCAGACACAGCACGCACUGGGUGACACCUUCGCCGACCUCAGCCAGAAAUCUCCAGAGCUAAGGGAUGAGUUUGGCUACAAUGCAGAGACUCAGAAGUUGCUGUGUAAGAAUGGAGAGACUCUACUUGGUGCCAUUAACUUCUUUGUGUCAAGCAUCAACACAUUAGUCAACAAGACCAUGGAGGACACUUUGAUGACCAUCAAGAUGUAUGAAAAUGCAAGACUGGAGUUUGAUGCUUACCGGUCAGAUCUGGAGGAGCUGAGUAUGGGUCCAAGGGACGCUGUGGCCAUGGCUCGCAUAGAAGCUGCUCAGCAACAGUACCAGAUACAUAAGGACAAGUAUGAACGCCUCCGAUCAGACGUCACCAUUAAGCUCAAAUUCUUGGAGGAGAAUAAGGUAAAGGUGAUGCACAAGCAGCUCCUCCUCUUCCAUAAUGCCAUCUCUGCAUACUUUGCUGGCAAUCAGCAGCAGCUGGAGCAGACGCUGAAGCAGUUCAACAUAAAGCUGAGACCUCCAGGGGCCGAUAAGCCGUCCUGGUUAGAGGAGCAGUGAGCGGGGUCUGCAACAGGCUUCCUUCUCAACCACCUCCACCUGUUACCUGUUGAAACCCCCUUACUUACAGAGGACCACUACAGAGGGAAAGACAUGCAGAUAAAAAGGUGGAUAAAGAUGAAGAUGAGCUGGAUGAUUGGACAGAUGAAGGACAGUUGGGCUGGUGAAAUGCAGGGUAUUGAUUAUUGAUGAAUGGGCUAAAUGAAACAGGAAACCAAGUGGCCAGUGUCAUGAACAGUCUGGGGGCUUUUAGUGCCUCUCCCCAAACUUCCUUUUUGUCACUCUAACCUCUUUGUGCUUUGUUCCCAGAGAAACUUUUCAUCCCUUCCUCGUAUCUCAACACUAUUUUGCUGUGUGGGCUUGUCUUAGUCAUGUUCACAGCCAUUACUGUGCUCCUCAAGUGCUCCCAGUGCUCUGAGUUAAACCUCAACUAAACAUGCUUUCUUUGUUUUUAACCAACAAUGGAUGACGGAGAGGAAAAUGGUUAAAACAUACUCAGAUGUACUUAAACUACAUCAGAACUCUUCUCAGCAUUAUCACUCUUUUAGUGUGCCUCCUCGUGUAUGAACUAGUCUUCUUAUGUUGCAGUCUGCAGGAGGAAAAGUAGGAUCAGAAAAAAAAUUUCAUACCACAAACAUGACAACUGAGUGGUACACUGGAAAAGAAUAUUACAAAUCAAUGUACAUUGAAAAUCAAGUGCUGCUUGUGUUAAAUUAUACAACACAAGUUAAAUUUUUCUUAGUUGGACUGUUAAUGAUACUUGAACAGGAUAGUUCUCUGUUUGGGCAGCAUGUGCUGGUGUUCUUCGUGCACUGCUGUGGGCAGAAAUGCCACAGUUUUUAAAUCCUGAAAACUCUGCCUCUUUAUGCAAUGACCACAUAAGGGACACUGCCACAGCUUCCCAAAGUUACACUAGCUUGGUCUUAAGUUAUGUUGUCCUGUUUACCUGAAAUGAACUGAAGAAAGACGUUUAACCUUUUGCUGCAAGCUCAUUUAUAAUCACAGUUUCACUGUGGACUGGGGAGACAGUUUGUCUACACAAGAAAGAUAAGUCUGUCCGUUAAAAUCCAGCAAACUUGAAUGGAUUCAAAUCAAUUCAAUAUUUAAUUACUGAGUGACAACGCUAUGUUUCUGUCUUUAGCUCCUUUGUCUUUUUAUAGUUAAUAAGGACAUUUCAUGACAUCCUGGUUCAUAACUUUCUUUUUCCUAAAACAAAACACGUGUCUACAAUAAUCUUUCUUCACACUGAAGAUAACAGUAGUUGUCUAAUAUUACUAAUCCUGAUAAUUCAACAUGUAAAUUAUUAGUUUGGGAAUGGGAUAACGGUAAUAACACAUUAAUGUUUGAUCUUUAACAUGCGUCAUAACAUACAGGUAGUAAACAAUCAUUUAUAGCUGACAAUAAGGGGAAGUGUUGCCACAGAAUACUGGCAUGGUACUACAUAUGUAAUGUUAAGUUGUUAUCACUAUAUUUAUUAUGUUCAUUCUUUGUGUCUAUUCAAACUGCUCAAUUUUAGUACAUAAUUUACACAGUUUGCAGAAGACACUUGCAUAGAAAUAUGCCUCAGGAUAACCCAGGCUGUAGUUGAUACAACUACCCUAAAAACUAUUUAAAUCAACUGACUGAAAUGAAGAUAAUCCAGAGUACUGAAUGUUUCACUCUGCUGAAGUGAACUCCCAACAGAAUGGAGAGCUCCAUCAGUUAAUGAGUUCAUCCUCCAGCGUCUUGUCGCCUCUGUAUUUGCAUGGCAGGCAGCGAUACCAGGUAAACAUGCAGAUAUGUGUGUGAAUGCAUUCAUGCUCCACUCUUAAUCAUGUGUCCUGGCUUGCAAGAGAAGUUUUUUAAAUUUCAAUUUUAAGACUGGCUGAAGCUAAAUGGUAACAUUUCAUUGUUAAUGCUGCGCUCUGAAAGACAAUGAAACAAAAAAAGCAUCUUAGAUUAAUUCUAUGAUUUGUUGCGCUUGUGUUUUCUGAACACAUCUCUAACAGUUUUGUGGGCUUUAGCUCAGCAUAGAGCUAAAUUCACAAUUAUUGGCCAGUUUGUGGAACCUUUGACCACCAUACAGCAAUACGUUCAAUAAUGUGAUGCCUCUUUUCCUAAUCUGCCCCUUUAAAAUUCCCUAACACCAAAACAUAUGGCAAUAGGAUUCUUAUUUUUGUCCUGUAGAUGUGAAACCUCCAGUAAGUUUAAAAAAAAGUGUAAUUUAAGUGUGGCACUUAAAGCCACUCUGAUUACCAUAGACAGGAGAGAGAACCAAGAUUUAUAAAAUGAGAUGUUUUAUUUGUGUACAAUCAAUGUUUUCUAGGCUGAGCUGGUUUAUUGUACUGUAUGAAUGAUUGCACAUAAUGAUAUUUAAGAUGAUAAUGAAGUCGUGUCAUGGAUUGAUGUGAUACUCAUGCCUUCAUUCCUCACUCAGACCUGAAAACUCCCCUCCCAACCCCCCUUCCUUCUAGGGAACAAAAUUAAAAGUACACAUU